GCACCGAUAUAGAAAGGAGAUUCAGUUAGUCGACGCAAGGCUCUGACAACUAAAAAUGACAUUAACAAAGUUGCGGAAUUUUACGAGGAUGAUAGCACAUCCAAAGAUGAUAUGUUAAGUUCAGAAGAUGAAAGAGGAGAAGCCACUUAUGAGUCAGACCAGCAUAUUGUGAAUUACCUUAAUGAAUAUGAGGAGCUCUUUCAUGAGAUUCGCAAGAUUAUUCCUAAAGUACCCAAUCGCUUCAAGUAUGAAAUAUACAGCCUUCUGUUCCCGACACUGACAAUUGUCUAUUUUCGAAUGGUUAUCAGCGGUAAAUUCCGUAAGGGCCGAGCAUUCGUGGAGAGUUCUCGGCGUUACUUUGACCAUUCCUACACUGCCCGUGUGGACAAGCUCUUGGGAAUGCAGGACCCACGAGAUAUUCCACAUAAAGCUAGAAAGUUGGUUACUGACGAUAAGGAAAAGGUUCGAUUUUCCAUGUUCAAGGAAACGUACUAUUUGUUGGAGAUCCACAGGAAUUUUUGGAGGCUUCCCAUUCAGAUGAUGUUUUCAAAACAUUUUGAACCAUUUCCUGAUAAUAAAAACGAUGCGCCUCGACAGCAUACUCGCAUCGGCUCUCCUUUAUUGGAAAAGAUUUACUGGGCUACACCCAAAACACUCUAUGAAACCAAUGAGAACAGUCCGAUAAAGGGGAGACGCAAGCGCGCUAAAAAGAACCAAGCUUCGCCGACCAAAAGUGUCAAUUUGCCAACAGUCAAUCGUCUCUAUACUCCAACUGCAAAGCGUUGGGACAUGGAACGAAUUAAGGAGGAGGAUGAUCAUCGUGCGUCGCUUAACCGCGACAAUCUGCCAUCGGUCUACCUUUAUACGGCGCAUGAAAAUGUUGAGAUUGUUACAUGUGCCGCCUUCUCGAGCAAAACCACAAUGCUUGGUAUUGGCACCGAAGAUUCCGCAGUUCACGUCUUCUCGCUGACAUCCUCCAAGCUAGUGCAGCUCAAGUCAGCCACAUACCUCAAGCAGCUGGACACCAGCAUGUCCGGCAUAGACGAGAGCAUGUUGGACGCGACCAAGAGGAAGAUGAGACGCUCACUCUAUGGUCAUCGAGGUGCCGUCUACGGAUGCUCGUUUGCACCGCAUGAUCGAUUUCUGCUCAGCUGCUCUCAGGAUCGCACUGUGCGCUGCUGGUGCCUGCUCUCCUGGAGCUGUGUGGUCAUCUAUCCGGGACACUGUGGGGCCAUCUACAACGUGACAUAUGCCCCUUUGGGUUAUUACUUUGCCACCACUUCGGAUGAUCGCACGGCACGCAUUUGGGUGCAGGACUCCAAGAAAUGUGUCUCUAUUCUCGGCGGCCAUCUGGCUGAGGUUGGCUGCUGUCAAUUCCAUCCAAACAGACAUUAUCUGGCCACUGGCUCGGCUGACUGCACGGUGCGCAUAUGGGACAUCGUCAAAGCGCUUCAGGUGCGCAUUUUCACUGGUCACAAAGAUGGCAUUAGAGCUUUAGCCUAUUCGAUGUGUGGACGCUACUUGGUGUCGGGAUCUGAUGAUCACUACGUGAUUGUUUGGGACACUGACAAAGAGCAGUUGGUCCGUUGUCUGUCUCAUCACACCGGUCCAAUUAACUGCAUUGAGUUUGAGCUGGACAACAAGCUAUUUACAGUGGGCGGCCAAGACUGCCAGAUGACCAUUUGGGAUUUCGAGGGAAUAACUCAGGAAUACGUUGAUCCUAAACCAAAGGAAGUUCAAGCCAAUAGUCAGGAGAGUGAUGCAGAACACACUCCAUCCGAGCUGAGCAGUGAGGAUUUUAUGAUAAUGGCAUAUCCCAGUAACGGUACUCCAUUCUAUACACUACGCAUUACAAGCCGAAACUUGCUGCUUGGACUCUGUGUCCGGCCAAAGAAGGAUGAUAGACUGAUUGAGUCGGACACAAACGUUGAGCGAACAGAAUGGCUCAAGCACUUAGAUAUACUAAUGGUGAGGGCGUGCUAUGCUCCAGAAAACAGAGAAAUAUUGCGUGGAUUAGAGAGUUCAUCGGAUGAAAACGAAUCAAAUGAAGAGACGAACCACUGCUCAUCUAUGUCCGGUGUUGAGUCUGUGAACGAUGAUGCAGAUGAUUGCGAUGUUGUCUCCUUGCAGGAUGAUGAUGUUCAAACAAAGGAUUCUGAUGCAUCGCAAUCAAAUAAAAAGAAUAAACUGGGCUCAAAAUUAGUUGAACUGCUUGAAUCUUAAUGUGACCGAAAUAAAAUACAGAAGAAGAAGAGAAAACUCAUAUUGUUAACCCCAUUUUAAA